AUGAACAAAUAUCUUACACGUUGGCUAUUUUCUACUAAUCAUAAGGAUAUAGGUACUUUAUAUUUACUAUUUGGUGCUUUUUCUGGGAUGGCGGGGACAGCUUCAAGUAUGUUAAUACGCCUAGAACUGUCCGCCCCAGGUAGUAUGUUAGGAGAUGAUCAUCUAUAUAAUGUGAUUGUGACAUCACAUGCUUUAUUAAUGAUUUUCUUCCUGGUAAUGCCAGUAAUGAUAGGGGGAUUCGGAAAUUGGUUUGUGCCAAUUAUGAUUGGUGCGCCCGAUAUGGCCUUUCCUAGAUUAAACAAUAUCAGUUUUUGGUUAUUACCGCCUUCUCUAAUACUAUUGGUUGGGUCUAUGUUUGUGGAACAGGGGGCAGGGACAGGCUGGACCGUUUAUCCCCCACUAUCAAGCAUUCAAGCCCAUUCAGGGGGAGCAGUGGAUAUGGCUAUAUUUAGUUUACAUCUAGCUGGUGUAUCUUCCAUUUUAAGUUCUAUUAACUUUAUAACUACUAUAAUUAACAUGAGGGUUCCUGGUAUGAGUAUGCAUAGAUUGCCCCUAUUUGUCUGGUCUGUAUUAAUUACUACAAUAUUGUUAUUAUUAUCUCUACCAGUGUUAGCUGGUGCAAUUACAAUGUUAUUAACAGAUAGAAAUUUUAAUACAACAUUCUUUGACCCUGCGGGAGGGGGAGAUCCUAUUUUAUUCCAGCACUUAUUUUGGUUUUUUGGACAUCCUGAAGUCUAUAUAUUAAUUCUCCCAGGAUUUGGUAUGGUAUCUCAAAUUAUACCCACAUUUUCUGCUAAACAACAUAUUUUUGGUUAUUUAGGUAUGGUCUAUGCUAUGAUUUCUAUUGGAGUAUUAGGAUUUAUUGUUUGGGCCCACCAUAUGUUCACCGUUGGUAUGGAUGUCGAUACUCGUGCCUACUUUACUGCUGCCACUAUGAUUAUUGCUGUUCCUACCGGUAUUAAGAUAUUUAGCUGGCUAGCUACUAUAUAUGGGGGAAGCCUGCGGCUUGAUACACCUAUGUUGUGGGCUAUUGGCUUCGUGUUCCUAUUUACCAUUGGUGGUUUAACUGGAGUUAUAUUAGCUAAUAGUUCAUUAGAUAUAGCACUACACGAUACUUAUUAUGUAGUGGCUCACUUCCAUUAUGUGUUAUCUAUGGGGGCCAUAUUUGCUAUAUUUGGAGGAUACUACUACUGGUUUGGGAAAAUUACAGGUUAUAGUUAUAAUGAAUUAUACGGUAAGAUCCAUUUCUGGAUUAUGUUUAUCGGAGUUAAUUUAACUUUCUUCCCCCAACAUUUUUUGGGUUUAGCCGGAUUACCUAGAAGAUACUCGGAUUUUCCUGAUGCCUAUCAAGAUUGGAACUUAGUGAGUUCUUGCGGGGCUGUAAUAGCCCUAGUAGGAAUUAUAUGGUUCUUAUACUUGUCUUAUGAGGCACUGGCAGCCGAAAGACCAUUUAAGGGGUGGUCAACUUCGCCUGGCUCGUUAGAAUGGUCUUUAUCUUCUCCGCCUGCUUUUCAUACUUAUAAUGAAUUACCGUUUGUUUAUCAGCGUAAAUUAAGUCAUGGGGAUGAUUUAAAUAUUAUUUCCACACUACUCCUUU